CCAGAUUUCAGCAGGUGCCUGUUAUCUCCCAGGUUGCUAACCAAGCAUAACAAAAAAUGUAGCAAUGAAUUUAGGUUCGAACACCGAUGGAUUUAUACUUCACGUUCUGAGAAAAUGUUCCCCAAGUUUCAGAAAUGUUUUCUUUCAAGCAGUAAAAGCUGAAAACUGAACAUAGCAGGAUGUCAGCAACAAGUGGAACAAGCAUGGCAUUCAAGGGGAACAAUGUGGCUGGAAAAAGAUCUUCAUCAUUCCAGCUGAAGCCUGGAGUGAAACUCGUGAAUAAUGCUAAACCAAAACAAACAACAAAGACAAAAGGUGCAGCAAAAUUGAUGCCACAGAAAGGAAGAACAUUUACAGAAUCCAAAAAAGAAAAACCAAAGUAUAACGAGGAGGCAACAGAGAAGUUUAAUCAGAUGCUGAAUGGGGAUCUUACAGACUUACCUCCCCUCCCGAAAACUAUGGUGAAGAUUUUCCUCAGUUCAACAUUCUCUGAUAUGCGAGCAGAGAGAAACACGCUGGUACGAGAAGUGUAUCCCUACCUCCGAGAAUACUGCACAUCAUGUGGCCUUGACUUUCAGGUUGUCGACAUGAGGUGGGGUGUCACAGAGGACAGUAUAAAUGAUCACUCUGUUGAGAAACUCUGUUUGCUAGAAGUUGCCAACUGCCAAAAGACAUCUGUUGGACCAAAUUUUGUAGUACUGUCUGGAGAUCGGUACGGGUUCCGGCCAAUACCAGUAGAACUGGAUGUUAAGACAUUUGAAGUUUUGAGGCACCAGGCCUCCAAGCUUAACUUAGACAACUGUACGUUACUGGAUGAGUGGUAUAAACUGGAUAAGAAUGCAGUACCCAAUAUGUACAUUCUCCAGCCAAUCAGGUCAAAGUUCACAUUCUUUGCUGACUUCUCACCUGGUUGUGAAGAACCUCGACAGAAGGACACUGCUGAUUGGUGGAAAACUUUCGAAGCACUCCAGGAAAUUCUCAGGAAAUCAGCUGAUGCAGCAUACAAAGAGGGGCUAAUAUCAGCCGAGGAACGACAUCAGUAUUUCUUAUCAGUGACAGAAUGUGAGAUUCAAGAUGGUAUUUUAAAAGCACAAGAUGUAGACAAGCACUGUCUGGUGUAUAACAGAGUGUUUAAAGGCCUAGAUGGUGCAUGUCUUCAGUUGAAAGAUGCCCCAAGAUUUAAAGAUGUCACUAAAACUGAAAAGGGCAAUGUUAUCAACGAGGAAGUCGCUGAUCUGAGGCAGUCACUUUUUGAUGACAAAAUAAAACCAAAACUAAGUUCCUCUAACAUUAAAGGGUACAAAAUACACUUUAUACCUAAUGGUGUCAACCCUGAAGAGAAUGAAGAACACAGUAUUUACAUAAAACAGUUCUGCUUAGAUUUUAUUACUGACUGCAAGAACCUUAUAGACAAAGCCGGAGAGGAGAAUGAGAAUUUGAUUCAGAUGUCAAACUAUUACACAGACUAUGCUGAAACUAUACAUCACCUCAAGUUCUGCCAGUCCAAAUGUGAAUCAUUCUGUGGACAGGAGAAGGUGCUGCAAGCAGCAAAGAACUACAUUUUGGACCAGUCUGGAAGGAAACCUCUUAUUAUGCAUGCAGAAUCUGGAGUUGGUAAAACAUCCAUUAUGGCAAUGAUCAUGAAAAGUAUCCCAGAAUGGUUGGACAACAAACCACAUGUAAAGGUCAUUAGAUUUAUCGGGACUACACCACAAAGUCUGAACAUUUAUGAUGUUUUGUUUGGAGUCCUUGGACAGUUGUCUGAUGCUUACAAUUCAAUUAUGCCACCAGUGAACUACACAAAUAUGAAGAAACUUGUUGAAUUCACACCUAGAUACCUCAGACGUAUAGCUACUGUAGCAAAAGAGCCUGUUAUUGUUCUGCUGGACUCAGUUGACCAGCUGUCCCCUAGCAACAAUGCAUAUUCUAUGGAUUGGUUACCCACAAUGCUUCCAAAGAAUUUGAAGGUGAUAAUCUCCACGCUCCCAGAGGAACACGGAAUCCUAAAAAAUCUGAAGAGGCUGCUUCCUGAUCAGGAGUGCUAUGUUGAGGUUCCAUUUCUGUCAGAAGAAGCUGGCAAACUUAUUGUUGAGACAUACAUGAAACUAAAGAAGCGGACUAUUACACCAAACCAGACAAAACUUCUUCUGAGUGCUUUUAAAGAGUCACCAAGCCCGUUAUUUCUAAAGCUGGUAUUAGAUGAAGCAAGACAAUGGAACUCGUAUACACCUAACAGCGACUUAGAGCUAGCACCAACAGUGAAACAGGCCAUAAACAAACUGUUCUCAAACCUCGAGAACAAGUUUGGUCAAGUGCUUGUUAGUCAUGCUCUUGGUUAUAUCACUGUUGGUUUAUCAGGACUGACAGAGUUUGAGAUUGAGGAUGUCCUUUCGUGUGAUGAUGAAGUUUUGAACGCAGUUUACAAGUAUCAUGAUCCACCUGUGCCAGGAAUUGUUAGGAUACCGCCAGUUCUUUGGGCAAGAAUUAGGUAUGAUAUUCGUGACUAUCUUGUUGAGAAAAUGUCACAAGGUAAAAGCACACUGUAUUGGUACCAUCGACAGUUCAUGGAGUCUGCACAUCAAAGAUACACGAACAAUGGCAAAGAGGCUGAACUGCACAAAAAUCUUGUGAACAUAUAUCUUCCGGAGAAUGGAUUCAAACAUACAAUAACGCUUGUACAUCGAAAGAACUUAAAAAUAGAGGAGGCUGACAGGCAGAUCACACCUCAGCCAUUUACAUCCAAAAACAGACGCAAACUAGCUUGUUUACCAUACCAUGCCUUGCGGGCAAAAAAGGUUUUAGAUAAAGAGAUUGCAUUGAAAAGCAUCUACUGCAGUUUUAACUUUCUGUGUACGAAGAUUUCAGGAUAUUCUGUUGCUAGUGUUGUCUCAGACCUUACAGAUUUUGUGGAAGAAACUGAAGAUGCAGAAGUGAAAUUGCUGUUACAUUUUCUGUCUGUAAGAAAGGAUGACAUGACCAUUACACUGCGAUUUGCAGUUUGCUUGCUGGCCUACAUCAAGCCGGCAGAUGACCACUCACAUUUAAAGGAACUGCAGAUUGAAGCUAGAGCGUACAUAGAAUCCAAAUCAAAGCCAGUCCUUGUUCCAGAUUUUCCAUGUUUAGCACCUAGGCUAGAUGCUUCAAGUGCCUUUCAAACUUCACUGAAUGGAUUCUCGGAUAUACUAGCAACUUCAAAUACCAGUAUUUUGCUGGAGAAACCUGAUGAAUUAGACAAAGAUGAUAAAAGGAAGGACAAAACUGAAAAGUCAAAUUAUGCUGUAUUGAGUUCAGAUACCCAGGAGUUAUCUCCUAUUGGCUUCAAAGAAGAAAGUCUGACACAGUUUAUAAUAAACAGCACAUAUGUCUUUUAUGUCACAAACUCAGCGCUUGUUCGUUAUGAUAUUGCUGAAAACAAAAAUGACAACUAUCCGUUGGCAGACUUGAUUCCAGAUUGGAACAAUAAAGAUCAUGUGCAGAACAUGUUUCCAAACUCAGACAGGACUGUUGCAGCUUUGACAUUUAAGACAUCAAUUGUACUUAUUGAUCUUGAAGGUCUCAAGUUUGUACAUAAGUUUUCCAUAACACAGAAACCGGUUAUGAUCGAAAAUGUAGUGUUAAUGAAUACUAACACAAACUCGAUUGCUGUGGGGAGAAUUGUGAACUCUUCUGAAAGUGACGAGCCGCAGGGUCCGGACAAUCAGCGUUUUGUCAGUAUGUUUGAGCAGGAUAAAGAAGAACCUGUAAAAUUUAUAGAGAUAACGCAGGAUCUAAACUGUGGUCAAGGUACUGUGGUUGGCAAGGAUCAGUGGUUUGUUGUUCCAGUAAAAACUGAGUUAUCAUACGAUUGUGAAGCCAGUGCUGACGAUGGCUUUCAGAAACCAGAAAAUGGUCAAUUACUGGUUUACAAUAUAAAUGACGGAAACAAGGCUCCAAAAUGUAUUGACAUACCACAUGCUGUGAGCAAACUUUCUGGACAUCCAGAGAAGACAGAGUUGGUGGCUCUAACCUGUAAUGGAACCGUAUAUACUGUAAAAUUUUCUGAGAAGACUGAUGAAUCAGAAGCGCUAACCAUUGUUCUGAAUUUUCCUGUUAGUGACUUCGUAAUUGAUUGGGAAGAAGAUAUAGCAUUCUUGUGUUCAAGUGGAAAAGUCAUUGUGUAUAAGUUGAUGACAGAUCGGAACGUCGGUGCAUUUAAUGCGCAUUCAGUGGCAGUACUGAAAAUCAUGCUUCUAGAUCAACAGUUUGUCACUCUUAGUGCAAAUAGAGAAAUGAAGGUCUGGUCCACAGCCACAAUUGUUAAAGAUUUGCAACAGAAGGAUAUUGGAAUGGAUCUAGAAAUGGCAGAAACAUUGCUGGAGCAGAUGAACAUUACUGCAUUACAUCCUUCAAGCGAUGGUAAUGAACUAAUCACAUGCCACGACAGUGGCUUUGUAAAGAUUUGGUCCAUAGAAUCUAAGACGUUCUUGCGCAAAUAUAACAUAGAAAUGUCUGCAAACCUGGUGCGUAUUCUAAUAGAUAAUAUCGUAGUAUUUCAUGACGUGGAACAAGGAAAGAUGCAGAUAUUGGAUAUUGAUACUGGAUUAGAAGCAAUAGCACUACCAGACACCAUACAAAACAUCAUGCACUCUGUGGUCAACAAAAAAAAAGAUACUUUGUACCUUAUAAGUGCUGCAAAGAAAGGCAAAGAGCAAAUAGAUGUCAUCAAUAUAAACUUGAAGAAGGUUUCAAAGACCAUACGUUUACAAAGUGGCCUUAUAUAUGAAAGUGUCGAACUGUUUCUAUCGGCGAACGAAAAGUAUAUAGUUUUGAGGCAUAAAAUACCAGAGAGUGAGUUUGAGCGGGUAAAAGCAAUGUGGAAGACGGGUGGCUUUGGUGAGCAGAACCACCACUACAGGUUUACAGCUACGGAUUUAUCACAACGGAAUGGUGCCCUUAUUCCGUGUUUCCGGCAACAGUCCAAGAUUCCUACUCUUGGUGUCUUUGUGCAGCCAUACAAAGGGAACGUAAUGCUGAUUUCGUCUAGAAGAUGGAUCAUCUUUUGGGACAUACCAACAGGCAAAUGUGAUCAGAAACCGUCAAAAGUUUCGAAGGAUGGCAUGUUUUACCGGCCUGCCUGGCUUGGGCAAGAUUGCAGUGGGGCAAACAGUAUUUUUAUGCAGUCUGGUCAUCAGAAAUAUCUAGCGUGCGGCUCUGAAGAUGGUUAUGUGUUUAUAUACAACAGUGAAAGUGGGAUACCUGUCAGUAGAAGCAAACCGUCAACAAGACAUAAUGCAGAGGUACAGCGUCUAGCAAUCUCGCCGGAUGACAAAUGGGUAGCUUCUUCGUGUCGGAGCAGUGUUCUCAAGUUAUGGGAUUCUUGUUAUGGUGGAGAGCAAUUCUCGGUACGGCUUGAUGCUGAAGUUCAGAGCAUGUAUUUUACCAAAGACUCGGCGAAACUCGUGCUUUAUACCGGGACAUCUACAACACGUGUGUUGAUAUUUCACGUUUUUACCGGAAAGUAAAACCGUAGAGUGAACCAGUGAACCAUAAAACAUACUGCAAAAAAAAACCCUGAAGAAUAACAAAAUUGUGAUAUUUGUAUAUUUAAUGUAGCCUUACUUAGUACGUAGCGGAGCUUUUCAUGCCAAAGAUGUUUUAAAAAAGAGUUGAUGCAGGUAGUUAAGUUCAUUAAAAAAGUAACAGUUAAAAUGUAAAUACAGCCCUGAACAACUGGCAAAUAUAUGGAUAUGUUGUAUUGGUUAUUAAUACACUGUUCUAAUCUAGUUGUAGUUUUGCAGAAUAAGCUUAUGGAUGAAACAUACAGAACUACAUUAUACAUUUUUGUAUUCUUUCUAUUUCAUGGAGAUUUUCUUUUUUGCAAGUUGUCGCAUCUUCGUAACAUCGAUAUAUGGCCAAUAUUUUAUGGUAGGGUUCGUGAUAUAUCAAUAUUUUCAGGUAGUGCUCCCGUAACAUACUGACAUGUCAGUAUUCUAAGGUAGUGCAUCCAUGACGGCUCUCGGCAACGGAAUAUAGCUUAAGGCGAACAUGACUUUCCAUAAAACAAACAAACAGAGAAUACCAAAAUCGUAUGCCGAGAAUAUUGUCAUUGUGGGUCCACUUUCAUAAUAUCAAUCAUUAGUCCACAGUUAUUUGUGGACGGUUCAAUUUUCGUUUUUGUUACUAAAUGUUUGUACACCUUUUGAAGUUCAGUAUGUUUUACUCCUUUUUGGAUGAUUUACUAUUAAUAUAUUUGUCACUGUGUUGCACUGUUUGCGUUGCAGUAAUGAUACUGAAACAAUGUUCCUUGUUGUUGUUGUUGUUGUUGUUUUAGUGCUCAGUUUAAUGGCUUAGUUUCGCAUUUGUGUCUGCAGACUUCCAUUUUGUAAGGAUUUUACUAUAACUGAUAUUUAUAAGCAUAAAGUCAGUGUUCAUUUAUGUUGCUGUUUAAUCGAAGAAGCUGCUAGUAUCAUAGUAACGCUUUUGGUAAGUGAUCCCACAACUUUCCGCAUUUAAAAGUUGGCACUCCACCACUAGGCUACCAAGGUAGAUGUUUUUUCCGUAUUGUGUUUUUUAUUAUUAUUAUUAUCAUUGUUAAUUAGCGGAUCAUCUCAUCCCAGAUCGAUCAUUUGCUAAUAUGAAAAACUAGACCUAUUUAUCCCCUUUAAAACGUUUAUCUUGAUAUUGCAGUUUUAGUUUGUGUGGUGUAUUUUUUUUUUUAUUUAAUUCGAUUUUGCGUGGCUCUUAGGCUGUGUUGAUGGCGUUUGUGUAGAAAUCUACCCUUACCUUUUAUCUUUUGUGUGGAGCAAAGCUUCAAAUUGUGUAUAUAUGUAUAUAUAUAUGUUUGAUACUGUACGUUUUUACAAAUGUAUGAUUAUUUUGUGAUUCGCAAAUAUUGGCAUUCAUGUAUAAGCUAAAGAACCUAGCACGACGGCAAGAAGAUUUUUGUUUUAUCGUGAUCUGCAUGCGUAUCUCUCCUUAGAAAGGGUCGUUAUUAGUUAUUUUGUAUUUGCAAUAACACAAAUUUGAUAUUAAGCCGUUAUUGCUUAUAAAGCAGUAAAUGUUGUUUUAAAAAAAGUACGGAUUUACUUUUCUGUUUUUGACCUGCUGACUUCUAAAUUCUUUUGAAGUUUUGCUUUUUGGACUUUUGGGGCAGCAAGAAGCCUCUAGUAAUAUGUGGUUGAUAAAUGUAUUCUUUAAGUUUGGUGUAGAACAUUAAUGAUUGCAAUCACAUGGAAAAUAUAAACAAACUGUUUUACUUUUUUUGAUGGUCAGAAAGUUUUGGAAGCCAGUCCAGUACUGAUUUACAUUAUCUUUUUUUAUCCGUUUUUGUUGUUGGUUCCAUGUGUUGUUUCUAUUUAUAUUGUCGACUUGCAUUUGUUUUAACACUAUUUUAAUGCAAUUUUAAGUACCAUAUCACCUGUUGUUUUUGUCACUAUUGACCAAGUACUUGAACAUUUUUGAACUCUUUACCUACUUGUUGAUACACAUGUUUUCUAAAUAUCUACUUUUCACCAGUAUAUUUUAACUAUUUUAGAUAUUUGCAUUCCUUUUAGAAACUUAUACUUCAUACAGAUAGAUCUCACUUAUCCUGCAUGUCUAAUUUUAUUAAUUGCAUACAUAUUGUAUUAAUUAAAGCAUUUAAGGUUUAAUAAGAAUUAGUACUAAUGUUGCUGUUGAUGAUGCUCAAAAUGUGAACCUGUAUUUGAAACUGUUUUCUACAUUGUAAAAGUUUUGAUUAAGUUUAUUAGCACUACUAAUAAAUGUAAUCGAUAAAAAGAACUUACGUUACGCGUGGUGUUGCGCCGUUUUCGACAUAUCGUCGGUUUUUAAAUUCUUUGCUUGUUACACACAGCCACGUUUUCUUUUAUCAAAGAAUAUGUCCGUGUGAGUCCGUCCAUUGAAAAUGAAAAGUGCUCGAAAACGUGUUUUUAUUCCAUUUUUCCGAGUGAGCUGAUAAAAUUAUAAAAUUCUCCGGUUUACGGACGUGUUAUUUGUAACUGGCUAAACUCGGCUUUAUUUGAUUGGCAUAAAUAUUAAACAAAACUGCUAAAAAGCACUAGAUUUUAAGAGAAACCUAUCCACAUUAUUUAUUGAGAAAAAAAGUUUGUGUAAUUUGAGUUCUGUACGAGUUCAGGUUCAUCCGAGAUGUCGGUUUGAUCAAAGUAGUUCUUUUUAAUGAACGAUAGCAUUUAAACAAAUAGGAAAAUGAAAGUCUUCUUUAUUUAUUCUUAGGCGUUUGCAAGUUGUGUAAUUCCAUUGAUUAUAAAAAAAUGCUUUAUUGGUGAGUAAACAUUUUCUUGAUUUGUUGUGCAUUUUACCAGAUAAAACAGAAACCACCGGUCAUAAAAAUAGACAUAUUUUGAAUCCAUCGCUUUGCCGAUUUUCUUCUCAGUGACGGAUAAUUUGAGUAAAUUUUUAAUAUUGGUGGCAGUUUUUGAUAAGUUCCAUUAUUGAGCAUUAAGAACAAUAUAAAUGAAAGAAAUUACUGCAAUAUUGCCAUUUGAAGUAUUAGAGUUUUUCAGAUAUCGCCGCACGCCAUUAUACGUCAAAUGCAAGUCUGCGUAAAUUUUGUCCCUACACCAGACAGAGAAAGACCACGUCUGCCUCUAAAGUGCCUUUUACAUUAUAGAUGGCCUUGGAUCAUAUCCUACACUGAGGAAUGAUUUUUUUUUUCUUAGUCUAUUUCAACAAGUUCAUCCGGGUCGACAUUUUUAACAAAAACAGUUUUAGAUUGUUUACAUGUAGUUUUUAAUGUGUCCGUAAGAUCUGAAUAAUGUAUAGAAAUAGGAACAUAAUUGAUAGAUAAAGAAUUAUGAAUGUUUUUUGGUUCAUUUCCUGGUGACUAUGCAGCACAUACCAACCGGCCGCUUUGUACUUAUAUGUAACGGUCGAAAAGGCAUUUUAUAUAUUUGAAGAAUUCCAGUUUUCUCUAUUUUUAUACCGGUACCUUAUUUAUAUUAUUGUUAUUAAUAAAAUUCACCACUAAAACAAAUGUAUCUGGUUUUCUCAUUUUUCUUCUUCUUUGUUUCAUUUUUUGCCGUUUCUUUAAUAUAGUAUAAAACCCGACGUGCGUUUCCAUGGUAAACUCGAUGAUAUAAUGUCUCUAAGGAUAAAACUAUAUUUGCAAAAAAAAUGUAUUAAAGUGAUGUUUAUUAUAACAUUCCGCAGUUAAUAUGCCAUGUGAUUUGAAAUAUUUCAAUUUAAUACCC